AGUAACACCGCUGUCCGGUACACAUCUGGUCCUGUGUUGUCGUGGGAGAAGCGCGCGAGAAGGGAACCCAGUGGGAGGUCGCGUGACGUCAUCGCGCAGCUGCAGCAGCACCGCGCACGCAUGUGUUUGUGUGUAUGUGAUCCCGCGCGCCAUCGGAGCCCCGAGAGAUCAACUAUGGCGGAAAGGUAGGGAAGACGUUCACCUAACAAGGGGAUUCAGCAUCAGCUAGCUACAAUCUGACCGACACACCAGCCUCCAUCCUGCUCAACCGGAAGUCGUUGUUGUAGAGCAAAAGGCUUUCUUGAUUGUACGCAACGCCAGGCCCCGGAACACGAGAAGAUGCCGAAUAUUAAGAUUUUCAGCGGGAGCUCUCACCAGGAUUUGUCUCAGAGGAUCGCCGACCGGCUCGGACUUGAGCUGGGGAAAGUCGUCACGAAAAAGUUCAGCAACCAAGAAACAUGCGUGGAGAUCGGAGAGAGCGUACGUGGCGAGGACGUGUACAUCGUACAGAGCGGCUGCGGAGAGAUCAACGACAACUUGAUGGAGUUGCUGAUCAUGAUCAACGCCUGUAAAAUAGCCUCAGCGUCCCGUGUCACCGCAGUCAUCCCCUGUUUUCCUUACGCCCGUCAAGACAAAAAGGACAAGAGCCGAGCGCCAAUCUCUGCCAAGCUGGUGGCCAACAUGCUGUCGGUUGCUGGAGCAGAUCAUAUCAUUACCAUGGAUCUGCAUGCCUCUCAGAUACAGGGUUUCUUCGACAUCCCCGUGGACAACCUGUAUGCCGAGCCCGCUGUGCUGAAGUGGAUUAAGGAAAACAUCCCCGAAUGGAAGAACUGCACCAUCGUCUCGCCAGACGCCGGAGGAGCGAAAAGGGUCACGUCUAUAGCAGACCGGCUGAAUGUUGACUUUGCCCUCAUUCACAAGGAGAGGAAGAAGGCUAAUGAGGUGGAUCGUAUGGUGUUGGUGGGAGACGUGAAGGACCGUGUGGCUAUCUUGGUUGACGACAUGGCUGACACAUGUGGCACCGUCUGCCAUGCGGUUGACAAGCUAAUAUCGGCGGGUGCUACCAAGGUGUAUGCCAUCCUUACCCACGGCAUUUUCUCAGGGCCUGCCAUAUCGCGCAUCAACAACGCCUGCUUUGAAGCCGUAGUUGUGACCAACACCAUUCCACAGGAAGAGAAGAUGAAGCAUUGUCCUAAAAUUCAGGUCAUCGACAUUUCAAUGAUCCUCGCAGAGGCUAUUCGGAGGACCCACAAUGGCGAGUCUGUCUCGUAUCUCUUCAGCCAUGUCCCCUUGUAACCCCUCCUCAGUGUGUGUCCCUUUAAUGUGCUUUACUACCAAAAAAACAAAACAAGGGAGACUGACCCCAAGUCCUGAAGAAGUUGUAUCCGAGACCCCAAAGGAAUUUAACCGUCUGUGAAACCAUGGCAACCAAGACACCUGUUGGAGCUGUUCACUUCUAGUUGAGGAUUCUAGCAAGACUUUAAAUUCUUUCCCUCGAGGUUAAGUUCCUAGUCUUAAACGCCACCUUUUUAUUACCUUACACGGAUUGCGACUAGAUGCUCAGCCAUUCGAGUGACAAUCUGUUACACUUUAAUUUAUUUGGGCUUUAUUUGUAUAAGUAACUUGCGAGAUGUGUAUCCACACAGGAAGAAAAUGUGAGGUAGUUGAGUGAGUUUAUUUUCCUUCUUCUGUCCUUUUAGUAGAUGCUGGGGGAUCGUAACUCGGACAGUCUGUCUGUUUUUUCAUUUCGUCUCCCCCCCCUCACUUCCUUUUACUUUUUUUUUUUUUAUUUUAAAUUUGAAUGUGUUUUCAGAAGUGAUUUAGCCACACUUUCUUAGGAUCAAUCACGAAAGUGCUAAUUCUGUUUCCCUUUUAUAUAUGUUCGUUUUCCAUUGUUUUUCAUUUUCACACCGCUAAAUUUGUUCUUAUUAAAGAAUUGUGACAAAAGA